UUUAGACUCCAGUUCCUAUGUUAUGGUCAGUUUUAUCUAAAUACUCUAUGGAAGCGGACACAGACUGUGCACAAAAAUGAAAAUAUUUUUUAUAUUAGCUUGGGCGUUUGUGAUUUUUUCCAAAGAUGUUUUAAGUGCAGAAGAUAAAUGCCUAACUCCAAACAAGUCGAAUGGCACUUGUGUAGCAUUGCCACAAUGUUCAUCGUUAAGUAACGCCGAUCAGGAGUUUUUAAAGAAGAGCCAAUGUGGAUUUAUCUCAUCUACCCCAUAUGUGUGCUGUCCAGUCGACUUGCAACCAAUCACUCAGUCCCAGUUGAAUCAGACAGAAUCUCGGUUCGGUCUGCAAUCAUUAUUCAACGGACCAUCAUCGCUUUUCAAUCGGCCGAUGUCUUUAAUCAAUCAACUAUUGUCUCAAGUUAAUCAACCGUCGCGUGGAUUCGGUCAGGGAUCAUUCAAUGGAUUCAAUCAACCUUCAUCCGGCUUCAAUCAGCCUUCAUUUGGCUUCGAUCGUCCCUCAUCGGGCUUCAAUCGACCAUCAUCUUUAUUUGAUCAAAUAUCGACUGGAUUUAAUCGACCCUCGUCUGGCUUCGAUCGACCAUCAUCUGGCUUCGAUCGACCAUCAUCUGGCUUCGAUCAACCCUCAUCUGGCUUCGAGCGACCAUCAUCUGGCUUCGGUCAACCUUCGUCUGGUUUUGGCCAGCCAUCCAACGGAUUUAAUCAGCCUUCGUCUGGCUUCGAUCGACCAUCAUCUGGCUUCGAUCGACCAUCAUCUGGCUUCGAGCGACCAUCAUCUGGCUUCGAUCAACCUUCGUCUGGUUUUGGCCAGCCAUCCAACGGAUUUAAUCAGCCUUCGUCUGGCUUCGAUCGACCAUCAUCUGGUUUAGACCGACCAUCAUCUGGCUUUGAUCAAUCAUCACAAUCCACCUCAUCACGUUUUCCAGAAAGUAGUCUACCUAAACCAGGUACUUGUGGAACUGAAAUACUUGGCGACCGCAUCGUAGGUGGCAUGGAGACUGCGCUUGGUGAAUAUCCAUGGUUGGCACUGAUCGAGUACACGAGAAGUGGAUAUCAAGGUCAAUUUUUCUGUGGCGGAUCGCUUAUUAAUGAAAAAUACGUGUUGACUGCUGCGCAUUGCAUAAAAUCAAAAAGUGUGGUUCAAAGCCGAUUCAAGCCGACAUCAGUUCGAUUGGGUGAACAUGAUACGCGCACUGAAGUUGAUUGUGUUGAUGGUGACUGCGCUGAUCCAGCAAUCGAUGUGCCAAUCACUGAGAUUAUUGUACAUGAAAACUAUGCGCCCGACUCUCAAUUACAAAAUGAUGACAUCACAUUGUUGCGUCUUGGACGACAAGUUUCAUUUACCGAUUUCAUUCGGCCGAUUUGUCUUCCAAUUUCGCGCACGUUAAGAAGCCAAAACCUCGAUCGGUAUCCAUUGUUUACGAGCGGUUUUGGAAAGACUGAAAAAGGUUCGAAGAGCGAUGUGAAAUUAAAAGUUGAAGUGGAUGGUUUCAAUUGGGAUCGAUGCAAUGAACUAUACAGAAAAUCCACUGGCAUUCGUUUGAUUCAAUCACAAUUGUGCGCCGGCGGCAAAGAUGGCGAAGACAGUUGUCAGGGUGAUUCUGGUGGUCCAUUGAUGGGACUCGACAAAACCGCUCAGGUGCCAUACACUUAUUUGGCUGGCGUUGUAUCGUUCGGCUUAUCGAAAUGUGGAACACCAGACUUUCCAGGAGUCUAUACACGAGUCGACCAGUAUUUGGAUUGGAUUCUGAAUCAUAUGAAGCCUUAAGAUAACCACUCUUUUCAUGUGCUUUUGAACGAUUUUAAUUUGAUAAAGAGAAAUAAAUUGAGUAUUUUAUCGAUAAAUUGAA